UUGUUUCAUUUACCUUCAGACAGAAGACACAGGUAAACGAAAAUAUUUGUGCCUUGUAAACGUGGCUUCAAAUGUCACAAGUACGCAUGCGUUAGCAAUUAUUAAUCGUAGUAGCCAUAUUAGUAAUCUGUCUAUCAGAAAAAUUUAAGAAAUAUUCAAAGGUAAACAUGUCUGUACUCAAUCAAAGUGGUGAAGAGCAGGUGGAAUGCCCGCUUUGUAUGGAAGCACUAGAAGUUGAUGAUCUGAAUUUUUUCCCUUGUACUUGUGGAUAUCAGAUAUGUAGGUUCUGUUGGCAUAGGAUUAGAACCGAUGAAAAUGGGUUAUGUCCAGCUUGCCGCAAGGCCUAUAGUGAAGAUCCAGCUGAUUUCAUUCCCUUAUCCAAGGAGCAAGUGGCGAAAUUGAAAGCUGAUAAAAGACAUAGGGACCAACAGAGGAAAGCAAAAUUGAGUGAAAAUAGAAAACAUUUGGCUAGUGUUAGGGUUGUCCAACGUAAUUUAGUGUUUGUGGUGGGUUUACCAGUACGUUUGGCAGAUCCUGAACUCCUAAAAAAACAUGAGUAUUUUGGAAAGUUUGGUAAAAUCCAUAAGGUGGUUAUAAAUCAGUCUACUUCCUAUGCAGGAUCGCAGGGACCCAGUGCAAGUGCUUAUGUGACGUAUAUGAAAAGUGAUGAUGCUUUACGCGCUAUCCAAAGUGUUAAUAAUAUCAUGAUAGACGGCAGAAUGCUUAAGUCAAGUUUAGGUACCACCAAGUAUUGCUCCCAUUUUAUGAAGAAUCAACCUUGCCCCAAGGCCGAUUGCAUGUACCUUCAUGAUUUCGGAGAUCCCGAGGCCAGUUUCACUAAGGAGCAGAUGCACGCUGGUAAACAUCAGGAGUACGAGAAGAAAUUACACGACGCGUUCACCUCACGUCAAAGUACUACCUCGCCCCCAAGCAACAUCGGUCAAUGCGACAAGUUGUCCAGCUGUAGUUCCAGUCCCCCGUCUUCGCAACAACACGAAGGCUUCCCCAAAUCGGAACCAAUUAGUACGAUUGGUUCUAAGGGGAAGGACGGUUUGGCACAUUCAAGUGGAAGUUCCAGCAAGGAUAGUUGGCCCCAGUUAAGUUUAGAAAAAGGCGAAAAAACAACAGAAGCGAAAAAAACAGAUCAAUCUAAGGACAAAUCGAAAUCCAACAAGGCCAAAUCGAAAAAUUGCCCCGGUUCCCCAUCCAGUGCGCAGGCCAGUGCAACAGAGAACGCGACUUCUAGUUGUAGCGGUCUGUUUAGUGAUAAUAUUACAGUGAAAUUAGAGAAUAAAGGACACGAUAGAGAAAAUUUCGAUAUGGAAGAUCACAAUAAGAACGAGAUAAACGGCAAGUUAGAUUUGGAACAAAUUUCGAACAUAGGAGAAAUACACAAUAAACAAAUACAGAGGGACAAUUUGGAAAAAUUCAAGAACGGAGUGGAGGGACAGAGCAUAUUCGGAUUGGGAGAUUCAAAAUUAGGAUUAACCAGUGACAAUUCCAGUUUCUUUAGUCAAGGUUUUCAAACCGUAAAUCACACAUUAAACGGUCUGACUUCGUCUACGGAAGAGGACCCCCAUCAGGAUCAUUCCGCCAGGGAGAACGACCUGAACACACCCACGGGCGGUCUGUCGGACACCUUCCCCUCGCUAAACACAUCCGAGGACUGGGUGUUCGGCUUCGAGAACGACCACUUGGAAGAGCUGGCCACACAGGCGACCAGGACCAGGCAGGCGGCCGUGCCGCCCAAGGAUUCCCUCGACACGUUGGUGAACGGCAUCAGCACGUCCGGCAACAUCUUAGGAAAUAUACACCAGAACGUGCCCAGUCAGAACGGCCCUGGGGGGGCCCUUCUGACCGGUUACGGGGCUAGCAAAUUCUUCGACGAUUUCGAAUCAUCCAGGAGGUAUCUUGAUGGUAGUAAAUUGCACGAGAACACAAUCAUGGACAGUCUGAUCAUAAAUAAUUCCAGUAAAACAAACGGUUUCGUCAAUACGCAACAUUUCGGCGGUCUAACAAAUAAAGAGGUCCUACAGAAGGGUACGAACGGUCUGAACGGUCUAGAUCACAACAUGUCGAAAUUCUUCAUGGACUUCCACAAGAACCAGACGCAGUUGAACAUGCUGAACGGCAUAAAUUCCCUGAUAACCCCACCGACACAACAACAGAACGGCUACUAUCAGCAACAACAGACGGCAGUGCAGGAGCACCUCCUGUUGCUGCAGCAGAAACAGCUGGAGGAACAGCUGAGGACCCUGAACAUCAAACAGCAACAGAACUACCAGUAUCAGAACGGUUUCUACGGCGGCAGGGAGAUGAACAGUUCCAGUCCCCUGCCCUUCGGGGGUAGGCACGUGUACAACAACAUGCCGGUUCAGGGGCAGACGCAGGGUCUGGGGCAGGUGCAGCCGCAGCCCAUCAGCAUAGCGGUGGGACAGGGACAGAACAAGAUCAGGAAUCCGGAGGACGAGCUGGACUUUGACCCUUUCCAAGAGACACAGAAGGGCUUGGCGGAGCUCAUAGCCACAGAGAAAAGUCAAACACAAGGAAGACCACACAUGACCACGCAAGGCGUUCACAUGAACGGUUUGAUACACAGUCAGUCGAACCCUGGUCUGGGGCACAUGCCGCCACCACCACCGGGUUUCGUACAGCCCCAAAAUUCAACACACAUGAACUCGUUUGGUAGUAAAAUUUUACCAUUCCUAAAUAUGUCAAAUAAUCCACAGUCCUUAAAUAGCCCCACACAUAACUGGCCUAACGGCUAUGUAAAUCCACAGAAAAAUAUAUCGACAAAUGUGAACGAUUGGAAGAAUCUAGAUCCGGCGAUCCUGAGUUCCAGUAGACAUUUCCCACUAGCAAAUAUAACGGCGCCACCUAUCAGAGAACACAGCACCUAUCAGAACCUAACACAACAGUCCCUAAACGGUCUGGCCAAUCUAAAUCCCCAAACAUCACCAACGACACAGACACAGAACGUCAGACCACACAGUUACAUGAACGGAAGCACAGAUUUCAGUACAGCGAACAUAUUCUCCAACUUCACACAACAGCUCCAACAGCCAAAUCUAAACGGUUUCACGACAACACACACGAACCAACUGAACAAUUGGUUCACGAACGAGGCAUUCUCGAACACAAACAUAACGAGCCCCCCAGGUUUCAGAAAUUCACAAAGUAAACAGCAGGAAUGUUGAAAUUAAAUAUAUAAUAUAUAGUCAUUUUUUCCGUCUUUGUUUUCCUCAUUUUUUCGGAUGAUUUUUUUUUCUUUUCGAUCUCGAUCAGGUAUGGGUUCGUCCUAUCAAAUCUGGAAAAUGCAGUUGGAUUUUUAUCGUUUCGGCCGAAAUGUGCAAUAUUCUAUAGUUGCAGUUUUUUUUCUUUCGCUCCUUGUGUCGUGGUUUGAAUUUGUCGGGUUUUUUUUUUAUUCGUCAGAGUCUAAUUGUGAAAAAUCUACUUCAGAUCGGUUGUUCUAUGUUUUUGGCGUGUUUUCUUUCGAAAUUUUACAUCGAAAAUCCAUACCUGUCAGGUCAAAAAAAAGAAAACGAUUUUUCCGCAGUAUGAAUAAAAUGCUAUUCAUUAUGAUUUCUGUCUCCAUCUUCAAAUUGCUAAAUAAGGGGUGCUUGGAAAAAACUCUCCUAUUAUUGAUGAUUACUGGAAAAAUAUUGAUUAUAUCAGAAACAGCUACAUAUUAAACAAGCAAAAUUAAAA